AAGAAACGAUGGCCAGCGCGUCAUGCCCGUCCGGCUUUAUCCGCUCAUAUCGAAAUUUCUCUACGCCCAUAUUUUCCUCUUAUCUUUCAUCCUCUUCUUGUUAUCGAAGUUUCCAUUGCUUGCUUAGACUUUUCCACCUUGUUUGAUCUUGAAACGACAUAUCCGCGAUCUUGUUUGUAUAUAUCAUCAACCACUCAAAGCAGUAGCCCGGUCUACUCUUUUCUACCCGACACUUACGAACUUUAUUGCCCCUCGACGAUAUCCUUAUAAUCAGUAACAAUGGGUUGGUUUUGGGCUGAUGGAAACGCUUCCGCCGCUGCGCCGGCCGUCCCUCCGUCGCACAAGGAUCUUGCCGCCAGCGGUGCUACUCCUCCUCCUUCCUGCCCUAUGCACAACAAGACCAUGGACGCCUUGAGCGCCCACAAGCCCGCAACACCAGCACCCGAACCGACUCCCGCCGCCGCCGCUCCCCCUUCCAAGUGCCCAGUCAACCACGGUGCCAAGGACACCCUCGCCGCUGCUGCUGCCGCCGUCGCGCCCAAGCAACACCAGCCUGAUCAUCACCAACCCGCCGCCGCCGCCUCCGAGCCCUCGUUCCUCUCCAAGCUCAACCCCCUCAACUACAUGUUCUCCUCCAUCUCCCAAGAGCCUGCGCCCAACCAGGCCAUCGCCCUCCCAACCGAGCGCGACCCCUCCUCCAUCCCCAAGGGCACCGGCGACGGCAACUGGGAGUACCCCUCUCCCCAGCAGAUGUACAACGCCCUUCUGCGCAAGGGCUACACCGACACCGACAUCACGGCCGUGGAGAGCAUGGUGGCCGUACACAACUUUUUGAACGAGGGCGCGUGGAAUGAGAUUGUUGAGUGGGAGCGCCGGUUCGGCAAGGGUCUCAUGCGCGGCUGGGAGAUCAUGAAGCGCGGCGAAGAGAACGCGCCCAUGAUGCUGCGCCGGCUGGAGGCGCAGGAAAACGACCCCGAGCCCCAGCCGACGCUGAUUCGGUUCCAGGGCCGGCCGAAGGAGAUGACGCCCAAGGCGGCGUUGUUGCAGGUUUUGGGCAGGAUAAACUCCAAGUAUGCCACCGAACCUCCCUUUGAUCGCCACGAUUGGUACGUUUCCCGCGACGACAACGGCGAGAAGAAGGAGGUCCGUUACGUGAUCGACUUCUACUCUGCUCCCCCCGAGCCCACUGGCGAGCCCGUCUUCUACCUCGACGUCAGACCUGCUGUAACGGUUACCGGUGCUUGCGAGCGCUUGCUCCGGUGGGGCGGUGAUGUGUGGUGGAAGGCUUCCGGCGGUGAGGUUCGGGAGCAGGAGAGAAGCAAGUAAAAGACGUGAGUCUAUGGUUGAGUGAGUGGUGACAGCUCAACUUGAUGGGCAAUACCGAAUGACUGUUGUGGAGAAGAAGAAAAUGAAUUGGGUGGACAGGUGUGGGUGUGGGCGUGGGCGUGUAAAGGAUAUGAUUGUGG